AUGACGACAGCGGCAAACGCGGCCGUGAGGGAGAGCCGUCGGCGGUCGACGCCGCUCGACAUUGAGCAGGUCAACGUCAUGAAGGCCCUCACGGCCGCCGAGUACUCGCGGAGGCAGUUUGUCCUCAAUUUUGCCGCUAGCAAGGACACGCGCCUCCUGAUCCCCGGCCAAAAGGCCGACGCCAUCAAGGCGGCCGAGGAGUCGGUCGUCGUGUGGAUGAGCCACAAUGGCUUCGGCACCGUCACCAACGAAUACUUCAAGUACACGGUCGACAUGCGGCUGUGGACGACACUGGUCGGCCAAGAGAUCGAGUUCCCGUUUGCAUUCAUGGCCGGG